AUGUCAGAACUGGAAAAAACUUUCCUUAGAUUUGCUGCGUAUGGAGACACCACUUCUCACAGGAACACCAUGUCUAGGAAGAACUUCUACAAGAUGUUGAAGGAGUGUGGUGUGAUGGAUGGAAAAGUUGUGACUGGCACAGAUGUGCUCGUUGCCUUCAAUGAAGUCAAGUUCAAGGGGGCCAACCACAUUAACUACAUUGAGUUCUUGCAAGCCAUUAAAUUGCUGAGCAGAAAGUGUUUUAAGGAACAACCCCCCGAGGAAGGUCUGCAAGCCAUGCUGAAGCUGAUGGAGGGAAAAAAGCCGUCCAACCUGGGGGUUCUUAAUUCUGUUGUAGACUGA